AACUAAUUAUGUAUGAUUGUGACAAAUUAACUUAUUUAUUAUUUUAAAACUGGUAAUGACAUGCCGGCCCUUUCAUUCGACUAAAGAACGAAAGCUGAUUAACCUUACUCUUACUCUUUUACUUAUAGACCCUUUUCUGCCAUAAAAUAAGGGAUUACCCUGCUUAACGCCAUACGGUAACAUUAUAUUCAUGUUAAAUUUUAAAUAAAAGCAAAAUAAUAGUAUAAAGUACAGUCAGUAGGAGUAAGUCACAGAUUAGUUAGUCUAUAGUAUAGUAACAACAGUUAAUAAAGUAAACUGUAGUGUAAGUAAGCUGUUAAUUAUGAGGGCAUGAGUAUGAGUAUGCAGCAUAAUGAUAAUGAUAAUGCAAACUUCAAGCUCUUGGUCUUGACAGUAAUAAUAUUCAAUAGUGACAAUAGUCUACUGAUAUUACAUUUAAUUUGGCAACUUGGUAUUUAGGCCUAACUCUAACAGUAUUAGUGUUAAUUUUACUAAUAGUGUACUAAUAGGCCAACUUGUGUGCGAAACUGUGACUGUGUGAGCUAGCUAACCUAAUUAUAAUUAUACCAGGUGUCAAUUAAAAAAAAAAUAUUCGAUUUGAUAAAAAUUAAAUUCAUAAUUGGGAAUUCAAGUAAUUGUGAAUAUCUUAAAUAUGCCUAUAUAGUACAUAGCCUAAAAUUAUUUACAGGUAUAUGGCAUGGCAUAACAUAUGGACAUGGAAUUAAAAAAGGAUGAUAAUUUUAUUGAUUAUAAUUAUAAUGAUAUAAUAUUUAAUUAUUAUUAUAGUAUAGACUAUAACUUAUACCAUAGCCUAUUUAGCGUAAUUAUAACCUCUUAAAUAGUGUGUAUAAAUUAAUCUCAUUAAAAAUAUAAUAUAUAUCAUGAAUCAUGUCAUAGGUUACACAGAAUUUAGAGUGAGUAUGAUAAAAAUAUGGGAGCUGGCGCCUUUGCCCUUAUUCUUAGAUUUGUUUAAGUCAUAUAUUAUAAAGCAUUAAUAAUUUAAGAUGAAUCAUAACCCAAAUAAUAAGGCCCACACUUGACAUGACUAUGACUUGUUAGAAACAAAUUUUUCUUCCCACUAUUCAUAUUAUUAUGUUUGAAACCCCUUUUCCCCUUAAAAACUACUACAAAUCUAAACUAGAGUAAGUAUUUUAGUUUUGGCUUUUUUUGUGGUGUUGCCAGAAAUUUCUCAGAUAACAAAAUUAACAAUUUAAUAUAAUAUUAAUAUUUAUUUUGAAAGAUUAUUCAACCUGUAGUGUGUAUAAAAAUGGAUAAAACAGACAAAAUGGAUGUGACUUCUGAAAGAAAGAGCACUGCAAAACUCGACACAUUAUUAGAAAUUGAACGGGUAGUUCAAAAACGUUGGGAAGAAGAAAAAAUAUUUGAAGUUGAUGCCCCUGAACUAAACACAAAAGAAGCUAUGUAAGUUAUUUCUUCAAAGCUUUAGACGUAAAUAUGUAUUGUUUGAAUAAUUAAAGAACUGAUCUUUUAAUUAGCUUUCAUGUUUAUUAUCAUUCAGAAAUUUUAUAGUAUAAUACCAUUCAGAGUAAAAAAAAAACUGUGAAUCUCUUAUUGUAAAAUUUCAACAAAAGUUAAUGUUAAUAUCAAAUGCCAAGAAUUUGCUUUUUUUUCAGUUCAUAUUAUUUUCUUUUGCAUCAUUUAACUAUUAACAAGCAGGUAGAUAAUUAAAAGGAAAGAAAUGGAUUUGGAAUUGAAAGUUAAUUAUUUACAUUUAUGACUUUAGUAAUUGUAUUUUGCUUUUAAAUUUUAUUAUCCUUUGUGUAACUUUCAGUCCAGAAAAGUAUAUGGUGACCUUUCCUUUUCCUUACAUGAAUGGCAGAAUGCAUUUGGGGCACACAUUUAGUUUGUCAAAGUGUGAGGUAAGGAAUUAAAAGGAUUAAUUAUGUAUUUGAGGUAAUAUAUACUGAUACACCUCUUUGCUUAAAAUGAUAUUUUCCACCUUGUAUCAUUCUCUUUAAUUAUAUCAUGUGCCAUUAGAUACUUAAAGAUGCCAGAUACUUAAAGAUGCCCUCAACAUUUUUCAGUUUGCAGUUGGUUAUCAACGAAUGCUUGGCAAAAAAUGUCUUUUUCCAUUUGGAAUGCAUUGUACUGGAAUGCCCAUCAAGGUUAGUAAAUACUUUAUGAAUGCUAUAAAUUAUACUUUAUAUUGGGCCCUGCUAAUCACAUACAAGUUAUUUUCCUUAUGAAUAUAAUAGAAAAUUCUUGAAACAUUUUAUAAACAUCUUGAAAGUAAUAUGUAAUUUUGACCAGAUCACAUCAACAAGAUAUUGUCAUUAAAAACAAAGAUAAAAAGUUAGAUAAUGCUAUUAUUUGACUAUUUUUUAAAUUUUAAUUUUAAUUCUUUAAAUGUUUCAGGCAUGUGCAGAUAAGCUACAGAGAGAGAUGGAAGAUUUUGGCUAUCCACCUCAAUUUCCUAUAGAGGAAGGUGUAAAGAAGGAGGAAUCUAAAGCCAAAGAGAGUGAAAUUGGAAAAGAUAAAUCUAAAUCUAAAAAGGUUUCAGUUACAAAUUUAUUAUUUAUUUUUGCUUUAUAGCUAUAAGACGUAUAAAUGCCCAACCUGUUCAACCAAAAGAAUAUUGAAGUAGAUCAAAUAGGACUGAUUAAAUAAUAAAGUAAUCAAAAUAUUUUAGUUUAUUCAUUUAAUUCUCUUGAAUACAUUUCUCUUCAAAAAUUACUUUGCCACUUUUAAUUAUAAUAAAAUAAUAUAUUUGUUUAAAUUUUUGUUUUAUGUCUUUGUAUACAUACUCAUGUGAUCUUCUCAUAUCCAUCCCUAUGGGGCUACUGCUCAUGUAGGGCUUUGGCCUGCCUCACCACUUCCUUCCACUCAGACCUAACUGAUGCUUUUCAUUUCCAUUCGCGGAAUCCCAGCUGCUGUAGAUCUUUUUCCACAUUGUCUUAGCCAAGGUCUGCCUUUGAUUCAUUUUCAUCUGGGGUUUAGGUGGUGCGCCCUCUUCUCUGUCAUUUUGCAUUCUUGCUAAGUGUCCCACCCAGCGGAGCCUGUCCCUUUUUAUUUCUGCUACUAGAGUGGGAUCCUGAUAUAGUCUAUUCAAGUCCAGGUUCGAUCGUAUUCUCCAUCCAUAUUCAUCCUUUGUUGGUCGGCCAAUAUUCUUUCUUUCAUUUCUGUUAGUAAUUGAUUUCUUUCAUUUAUAAAGGAUCCUAGGUAUUUAAAUUGAUUUACUUUUUCAAAAGUGUGGUUUCUAAUUUUAUUGGUUUCUUCUGUCUGUUCAUCUCAUACAUACCAUAUAUUUUUGCUGUCUUCUGAAUUAUGAGGAUGUAGUUAGUAAAAAAUGAUUUUACUUCAAAUAUUAUAUUGUGUUUCACCAGAGCAAAGUGGCAGCUAAAACUGGUGGUUUAAAGUAUCAGUGGCAGAUCAUGAGUGCUAUGGGACUUGCAGAUGAUGAAAUCAAACAAUUUGCUGACCCAAUGUUUUGGCUGAAGUAUUUCCCACCACACUGGAUCACUGAUCUAAAACGCAUGGGGGUUAAGGUUUGUUCUUAAAAUUCUUAUGGUUAUAAAUUCAAUUGCUCAUGUUUAGAAUACUAAACUUUAUUGACUUAAUUUUAAAAUUAUAUGAUAAAUAUUAUAUUGUAUAAAAUUUAAGUGGAAUAAAAAUAGUGGCUAAAAAAAAAGUAGUAUUAAAAAAUAUUUUAAAAAGAAUACUUCUCCUUCAUUAAAUUGCAUUAGGGUAGCCAGGUCUUAUGAUUUUUCCAUAAGCUUUUUAACAACUUACUGUGGGUCAGGGAUGAAGGGUAUUUUGUUGUUUACAAAUUUUAACUAUAUAAUAUAAUUAUUUGUCAGGGUAUUCUUUUUUUGUGUGGAUGUUUGCAAUUUUGGUGACUCAAUUUAUUUUGGUGGUUUGAUGUAGUGAAAUCUGAUUAAAUGUUACUUUCAUGCAGGUGGACUGGCGCAGGAGUUUUAUCACAACUGACGCCAAUCCUUACUUUGACUCUUUCGUCAGAUGGAACUUCUUGAGACUUAGAGACAGGAACAAGGUCAAAUUUGGAAAGAGGUGAGAUUUAGUAUUAUGUGUCCAAAAGAAGUUCAAUUCUAUCAAGCAUUUAAUUUUAAGCAUUGACAAUAUUUAAAAGUAAUAUUGUGAAAUCUCUCAAAAACUCUGUGACCUUAAUUUUGAAGAGGAUCAAACUGUCUUUUUAAGGAGAAUUAAACAAACAAAAUCUGUUUAUAUGUUAGUUUUAUAAAUUGAUGAGAACAGCUUGUUUCUUUAUAAUAUAAUUGAUAAAUUUAUGUUAGUGUCAAGAGAGUUCAUGACACAUUAAAACCAAUUCAUUGAUUUCUUUUUUGAUAGAUAUACCAUUUUCUCACCAAAAGAUAAUCAACCUUGUAUGGACCAUGACAGGAGUUCAGGCGAGGUAUACAAAUUGUGUCAAUGAUUAUUGCAUGUGUAACUAAAUAAUUAUUGUUAGUUCUUUUUGUUUUUACAUAAAACAUAAACCAGAACUCUUUAUUUUCAACUACUGAACUUAAUUAAGUGACCAAAUUUUAGAUAUUUAAAAAAUUCUACUCAAAUUUGUAUAGUUGAAGAAUUUAAUUGAAUUUGGAUUUCCUUUAACAGUAUUUUAUUUUCAAAUUCCUCAGGGUGUUGGUCCUCAGGAGUACACCUUAAUAAAGUUAAAGGUGAAAGAACCAUACCCUUCCAAGCUGGCGUAAGAUAAUAUUUUAUUCAGCCUUUGUAGCAUCUUUGUUCUGGUUAGAAUUUUUGCCUUUAUAUUUUAGAAAACUAAAGACUGGAACUGUGUCAGUUGUUUUUGGUUCAUACAUUGCACAUGACAUAUGUUUAUCAACCAAAUUAAUGAUAAAUCUGUAUAUUUAUUAUCCUGCUUUUCAUGUUUUGAAAUAUUGCUUUAAAUUAUAUGUAAUGUAUUGAUUGAAGGUCUCUGAAAGGGAAGCCUGUCUUCCUUGUAGCUGCAACACUAAGGCCUGAAACCAUGUUUGGCCAGACAAACUGCUGGGUACGCCCUGACAUGAAAUACAUAGCCAUGUCCACCAAGUCUGGAGAAGUUUUUAUAACAACACGUAGAGCUGCUCGUAAUAUGAGCUAUCAGGAUAUGACACCUGAAAAUGGAAAAGUGGAGGUCUUAGCAGAGCUGAUUGGCCAGGUGGGUCAAAAACAAAUUAAGAUUGUAAUUAGAACAAACCACAUGAUUAAUAAUAGAUUUUAUCCUGUUGAGAUAAAUUUAUUGAUUGUUAUAAAUUUGUGAUGUUAAUUUUUUUUAAAAGAAAUUCAUUUUACAUAAUUAGUUCAUAUUAUUUAUGCCAGCAGUAUUGCAAAUUAUGUAUGCGCCACACUGUUAUAAAAGAAUUUGUAAGGGGUGCUAGAACAUUUGAAAUUUUAAUAUUUAUUAAACAUGUCAUUUUUCAUCUGUUUAAAACAGUGGGAAGAAAGUAUGUUAAGUACUUAGUAAAUAUGGAUACAUAGAUUCAUUGCUCAAACAUUAAUUUUAGUUAAGCCCAACAAAUAUUAAUUUUUAAAAGUUUAUAUUUGAACUUAAAUGUUUCAUAUAUUGACAAAGUAAGGGUGUAACUGUAUUUAAAAACACAUUUUUGACCUGUGAUAUAUAGAAUAUCUAUGUAACCUUUACUUGUAUUACUGAUUUGUCUGAAGUAAAUUUCAUGUUUGAAAGACUUUUAACCUCAUAAAAGUUAAGCAUUUAUUUAAAUAUUAAUGAUAAUUUUAUUCAUCAAUUACAUGCAGGAUAUUCUUGGCACUCCACUUGAAGCUCCUUUGUCAAGCUACAAAACAAUCUACUCUCUUCCAAUGCUCACUAUUAAAGAGGACAAAGGUAUGAUAAGAGCUAACAGAAUUAACCGUUCCAAUGUUAAAUGCUAUCUAAAUUGUGAAAAAUAAUCCAAAUUACAGCCUUGUUUUCAAAGUGAAAUGUAGAAGUUUGAAAACUACUAUUAGUUAAUAAACUUUCUUGUGUGUGUGUAGGAACUGGUGUUGUAACCAGUGUUCCUUCUGAUGCACCUGAUGAUUAUGCUGCUCUCAGGGAUUUGAAAAACAAACCAGUGAGUACAUUCAUACCAAUAAUAAUAAUAAUAAAGAUUAUUUGAAAAGCAUGCUUCAUUCCCAAAGGCUCGAAGCGUGGUACAUACCAUAUUGAAGUACAAAAUGCAACAUUACAAAAACUACAUAUGAGAAUACCCAUUCUAAGUCUUUCAUACCUUGCAACCAUAAACAACACAGGCCAAUAUACAUCUACAAGAUAAUAGCUAGAUAGACAAUAUCAUAUAAUAAUAUAAGUGACUCAACUUUUCACAAGUAACCAUUCUUUGUUUUACAAAAGAUAUUGAUUGUUGUUGUUUUUAGGUUUCAUUAUUAAGUAGUUGUUUUUAUGGCACCAGUUUUUACUAUUGUGUGUUUAAUGUGCCUCAACAGAAACAAGUUUAUUUAACAAUCUUGUUUUGUUAAAAUAUUGAUUUAAGAAUUGAAAUCUGUAAUGUUAGCAAGCUUUUAGUUCAAUUCUGUAGAGUGGGGGUGCUUAGAAAGUUCACUUAUAGCAUACUAUAUUUUCUUUAUUAACAAAUUUUAACAUCUUUACUUUUAGCAACUGCGAGAAAAAUAUGGAAUUACAGAUGAGAAGGUUUUGCCUUUUGAGCCAGUGAGUAUGACAAAGUCACUCCUACAGUAACAUUCGGAUUUUUUACAAUUAUUUACUGACAACUUGUAAGAGUAUGUAAAGGAAACUGGGCUGAAGUCCAGUACUGACUUUAGUAGAUCCUUUAUUUAUCAAGCGUUUUUAAAACAUGAAUUCUUACCAGUUUCCUUGUUUGAAUUGUGUAUAUUUUCUUUAGAUUCCCAUCAUUGAUGUACCAGGUUAUGGUAACCUUUGUGCAGUGACUGCCUGUGACAUCUACAAGGUGGCCAGUCAGAAUGACAGAGACAAGCUAACUGAGGCUAAGGAAGACACCUACAAAAAGGGUUUUUAUGAAGGUGUAAGUAUAAAUUGACUUUAAAAGCUUCUUCUCAACAAUAUAUGAAGUUAUAUUUGGGGUAAUUUUUAGUUGUUUUUUACAUGUGGCUUAAAAUAGUUGAUUGUUUUUUUUAUUUUCAUGCCAACAGAUUUACUGAUCCCUUUUAUUUAAGUUGGAUAUUUGUUUGUAAGUGGGGUGUAUAUUUUAAAUACAUUAAACCAUUUUGCUUUUAUACUUGUCAUUAUUUAUUAUUUUCUUGCAGGUUAUGCUUGUUGAGGGUUUUAAAGGACAGAAAGUCCAAGAUGUGAAGAAGAUAAUUCAAAACCAGUUAAUUGAACAGGUGACUAAUUAUUGCUGAAUGUUGCUUAAAUUUACCAUUUAUCACCAAAUUAGAUUAGAUUGUAAAUUUACAGUUAAAGAAUGAAUUAUUAAUUUUUAUUUUUUUAAAACUUGGAUGCCAAAAUAUCAUUUCAUUUUUCAACAUUUAUAAUUGACCACCUGAAAUUUCAAAUACUGCAAGACAUCAGGUAUAAUGAUUAUUAGGUCUGUAUUAACUGGCAUGUGUUGUUUCGGUAUGGUAACUGAGCCUCACCUUCAUUCACAGAAUGCUGCACUUCUCUAUAAAGAACCAGAGAAGCUUGUCAUGUCUCGCUCUGGUGAUGAAUGUGUUGUUGCCUUGUGUGAUCAAUGGUACAUUAUUUUAUUUGUUUGGUUUUUAGCAUGUCCUUUAUAAUUAAUUAAACAGUAUUAAACUACUGGAUGCAGACUAUGAAUUCCAUCACCUGAGGUACACACUCAAGCAAGGCAGAAUCUGGAGAUACAUGUACUACUGUCAUAGAAUUAUAACAUAUAGUUCAGCAUAAAAAUGGUUAGUUUCCCUUCAAGUACUUACUCCAUUAGUUUAAGAACUUUACGCAAUAAUUUAACACAAUAAUUAAAAUGAUUAUUUUCAGGUUUUUAGAUUAUGGAGAGCCUGCAUGGCGGGCACAAGCAGAAGAGGCAUUAAGUGCCAUGAAUACUUUUUCAGAUGAUGUGCGUCACAAUUUUUUAUCUACCCUUGACUGGCUACACGAACAUGCCUGUUCUCGAACCUAUGGACUUGGUACCAAAAUGCCAUGGGACCCCCAGUACCUGAUUGAAAGUUUAUCUGAUUCCACUAUCUACAUGGCCUUUUACACAGUCAAUCAUUUAUUGCAGGGUGGGGUGUGGGAUGGCUCAAAGCCUGGCCCCGUUAAUAUCAGGUAAAUAAAACAAGUUUUGAAAAUGCCAAUAUUUGAGAGAUAUAUUUUGUAUACAGAAAUAGGUAUUUUUGCUCAUAAAUUUAUGAUAAUUAGCUGAUAAAGUUGUAAUCUUCUUCACAGGGCUGAACAACUAACUCCAGAAGUCUGGGAUUAUAUUUUCUAUAAAAGCACUCCAUACCCUAGCUCAUGUGGCAUUGCUAAACAAGUGCUUGACAAGCUUCGUCGUGAGUUUGAGUACUGGUACCCUGUUGAUGUGCGCAUGUCUGGGAAAGAUUUGGUUCCAAACCACCUGACUUAUUUUAUCUACUGCCACUGUGCCAUGUGGCCGGAUGACAAGUAUGGUGAAAUUAGUAAUGAAAUAUGAAUUUGUCCUUAAGGCCAGAAUAUUUUUUAAAAAGUUUUAUUUAAUUUGCUUAUUCAAUCAAGUAUACAUUAGAUAGUUGAUUUUAUAUUUGGUAGAUUAUACAAAUGCAAUGUGUAUUACCCAGAUUUGGAUAAACUCUGAUUCCCUAAAAAACAAUUUUGCCUCACCAGGACCAAGUGGCCUAAAGCUGUGAGAGCUAAUGGACAUCUCUUGAUCAACUCUGAAAAAGUAAAUUAUUUUCUUAAUUUUAAAAAUAGUUUUCAAUAUUUUGCUUUCUCAAAUCAUUAACAAAUAUUUAUUAACAAAAUAUAAUUUUUAAAAUGUCUAAAAAUAUACUUAAUUCAUUUAAAAUCAAAAUCCUGUAUUUUCUUUUCUGAAUUUGAUUUUCAAUUAUUUUAACUUAUGAUUUUGUUACUUUAUUAAAUAAUUAUUUCACAAUUUCGUUUCAUUACCUAUUAUUUAUGGAGAAAUGUAUCAUUUCAGAUGUCAAAAUCAACAGGAAACUUCUGCACUUUGGAAGAGGCUAUUAAUAAAUUCUCUUCUGAUGGUAUGCUGCUCUUAAUUUACUGAAGAACACUUUAUACCCACUUAAAGCAUAUAGUAAAAUGACCAUUCUAUCCACAUAAGCUCUAGGCCACACACACCACCCCCCCCCCCCCCCCCUCCCCUCCCCCCCCCCCCCCCCCCCCCCCCCCCUUCAAAACUGUCAAGACGGACAAAAUUUAUUUCAAUUCACUACUUUAAAUACAGGAAUCUCUAAUACUACAGCUGGCAUAAUUAACCAAUGAAUUAUCUCUAAUUAUAUCUAAAAUAUAGUUUGAACAAAAAUACAAAGUACUGAAAAUCCUGCAUCUUGAGAGCAUAUAUGCUUUUUUAACAUUGCAUAGUUCCAGCCACCACAUGUUCCUAGUAGUGAAAGGAAGAUAUGUUGGGCAGUUCUUUUUGGAAAUGAGUCUUUUGACCCAUAUAUUGCCGCAUACUGUAUUAUCACAUUCAUCAUCAAUCAGAGUUCAAUUUUUUUUACAAAAUUGCUAUUUAUAGGUGUGAACAAAUAAUCUUAAUUUGACAUAUAGCUGCCUUUAAACAAGCUUUUUUUUUUUUUUUUAAAGUUAUAUUUUAUCCUUUUGGGAAAGGAGUAAACUUCUUAGGAUGCCUGCGCAGAGAAGAGGAAAGUAUUUUUCUGGAUGUUAGGUUAAAUUUGGGAAAGGAGUAAACUUCUUAGGAUGCCUGCGCAGAGAAGAGGAAAGUAUUUUUCUGGAUGUUAGGUUAAAUAGACGCAGAUCUAAAGUAUUUAAAGGUUAAAAUUAGUUAACACAAAAUGGCGUUGUGUAUAUAUUAAGAGUUAACAGAUUGUUUGAUGUGUUAUUAUUCAGAUAACGUAGAAUUUUAUUAUAUGGAAAGAACAUUGUAUUAUAUUAAAAUACAUUUGACACAGCUUAGUUAAUUCCCUAAAUGGCUGGGAAUAUUUAAUUUAUUGUCAUCAAUUUAGCAAGGUUUUAGUCAUUAAGUUGAAGCUCACCUGCAUCUGAAUAAACAUUAAAAUCAUGAAAGUUAAAGAAAUUGAUGGUGCUCUAAUUAGAUUAUAAAGUGUUCCUGAUUGUGAAUUUUCAACUAUUAAUUGAUAAAACCACUGAUAUAAUUCUACUGUAUUCACUAACAGUAAAAUUUGUGAUCUUUUCAAGCUAUUUGGCAAUAUUUUAAAAAAAAAGAAUUUUAUCAAUAUUUAAUUUCUAUUGGACUUAUUAAUAAACAGAUGAGUCAGACAUAUUCCAUUACAUCGUAUGUACAACAGCUCACCCAAAAGUGCGAAGCCAUGCUGCAGCUAUUGCAUAGGUGCUGGAAGGAUAAACAGUUUUAAUUUUUUGUCAUCUGCUAGGUAUGCGCCUGUCACUGGCUGAUGCAGGUGACCAUAUAGAGGACGCCAACUUUGUAGAGAAGAUGGCAGAGGCUGGUCUUUUAAGGCUGUAUGCCUUGUUAGAGUGGGUGAAAGAGAUGCUGGAAGACAAGGAUCAUUUAAGGACAGGACCAGAAAGCACCUACACAUUCAAUGACAAAGUGUUUAUUAGGUCAGGCUUAAAGUUUUAAUGCAGUGACAGUUUUUAACAAUUCUUUUUGAAAAUCAUUAUUUAUGAAGUACCUUAUCUUCAAAAAGCUCUAUACCAUUAAAAUAUGUAUAGAGUUUAUAGCUUUUGUUAAUAUCUUCUUGUUGUUUUUUUUACUCAAUUUUUAGUGAAAUCAACAAAUCAAUUUUGGAAACCAAAGUCCAUUAUGAAGGCUAUCUGUUUAAGGCUGCAUUGCGAACUAGCUUCUUUGAGUUCCAGGUAAAAAAAAAGCCAAGUUAUCCCAAAUUCAGUAUCUCCAUCCCAUUUAGCACUUACCAUUUUUUAACUGUAAGUAAAUUUUACAAUAUUAGGUGAGAACUGUUAAAUGAAAUUAGUAUUUUCUUGCUAUUAUAUACAUUGGUAUCAUUUGAUAUAAUCACAAUGAAUGAUGUAAUCAUUAUGUCAUAAAUGUUUUGAAACUUGUGUUUCAGGCAAAACGAGACAUGUACAGAGAAAUUGAAACACAGGGCAUGCACAAAGAUCUUGUUUUGAGGUUCAUUGAAACCCAGGCCCUCCUUAUGGCUCCUAUAUGUCCACAUGUAGCAGAGCAUAUAUGGGGCCUGUUGGGAAAGGUAAUGAAACAAAAUAAAUUUAAAAUGUUUUUCAUAUUAGGAGCAUUGUUACAUUUUAGUGCCUGAAAACAAAAUUACUAUUAAAAAGGGGAUAUUUUACAUGCAUUAAUAAAUAUAUAAUCUUAACCAUAAACCCAAAUUUGUAUUUUUUGUUACCUUUUUUUAAUUCUGCAAUUAUUUUUUUACAUUUUUUAUUUGUGUAUAUAGAAGGAAAGUAUAAUGUGGGCACGUUGGCCUGAAGCUGGGCCUGUUGAUGAGCUCUUGAUCCAAUCCUCUCAGUAUUUAGCUGACUGCGCACAUGAGUUCAGAUUAAGAAGAAAAGCUUUGCAAAGUGCUGGCAAAGGAAAGGUAAUAUUAUUUGUUGAAUCUUUAUGUGGUAAUAUAGGUUAAUUGUAAUUGUAUGUGAACAUGAUGAAUGUCAAAUUUUAAGAUGAAAAAUAAAUUGAUAAAUCCACUUAAAGUUGUUCAAAUUUGCAGAAAGUUGUUGCAGCUCCCACACAUGCUGUGAUCUGGGUUGCCAAGACAUAUCCGCCAUGGCAAAAUUUAGUGCUGACUACUUUGCAAAAACUUCAUGAGGUUAGUUUGUCCGUAAGUCUUAUCUGAUAGGUGCUAAACCAUAUGAUAUUCUGUAGAUUUUUAAAGCUAUAUUGUAAAUGAAUUGACAUUUAUCCACAAUAAAUGUUUUGAAAUGUCUUCUUUUUUUUUUACUCUACAGGCCAAUAAAGGUUUCCCUGACAACAAAGUGAUAGCCCAGGAACUGAAUAGCAAAGCAGAGUUAAAGAAAUACAUUAAAAAACUCAUGCCUUUUGUACAAGUGGCCAAGGUAAUUUUUUUUAAAACCAAUUUACUUGAAAGUUUCAUAUAGUAUUUUAAAAGAAAAUGUCUUUCUGCAUUAUUCAAAUUACUCAUUUAAAUGUUUUGUUGUUAUACUGAUGAAAGCAUGUGCCGAAAUAUCUAUUUGUGUAUUAUGUAAAAUUAUUAUUAAAGCUUAACAUAUAUUGUUAUAUUGACACAAAUUGUUUGUGUCUAAUUAAUCUAUGUUAUUACAGGCCAUGAUGAGCUCUCAAAAGACCACUGUUAUUUAAUUUCUUACUCAUGCAUAAUCACUAACCUCUUAUUGCUGGUAUAAACUUUUUGCCGAAGUGCAACUGAAACAUCUUAUUUAAACUUCUAGGAAAAUGUUGAAAAAAAUGGACUUAAAGCAUUAGCCCUGACUUCUGAGCUUGAUGAGGCCAACAUCCUUAACUUGAACUUGCCUUAUCUAAUCAACACACUAGAGGUAAGCACUCAUUAUACAGCUAGUUUGAUCAUAUUUCAACCACAGUUCCUGAAUACCAAAUAGUUUUAUUUUUAGUUUGUAUAUGUUUUGGUUUAACUUAUAAAAUUAUUUUUAAUCUGGUUAGUCUAAGUGAAGUAAUGUUUUUUCUGUAUAUUUUUUUUCCCCAGAUUGAAGGCGUUGAAGUCAAGUCUUCGGAUAAUGCUGAUGACAAAGUAAAGGAAGAGUGCUGCCCUGGCAAGCCAUUUAUAACAUUUGUCACUGAGGUAGGUAUUUUAAGUCCAUUUGCACUUGCUUAAAAAGUUUAGAAAUUAAAAUGUUUUUAUAGACUUUCUUUCCACUUGCAUUUCCAUCUUGUGGAUAAGGCAUUUUUUGUUUGUUUACACACGUGACAUUUUGAAGUGGACACCUGAAUGGUGUUGAUCGCCUCGUUGCAACAUCACAUCUACUCAUGGGUUGAUGGAGGCGGGUUGACCCUGUCGUUCAAACUAUCGUAGUUGACUGCGUCUGCUUCGUGUUUGAGUGAACGGGUGGGUGGCUGAGCUCAGAUCUACUUUUUAUAUUUUAUGCCUAGGUAAAGAGUUAAGUCACUUCAACCAGGAUUUUUAAAGCAUUCUAUGUUUAAAAAGUAAAUAAUUAAACUUUUGUCGAUAAUUUAAAGAUUAAAUUGUAGAAAAUAAAUAAAAAAGACUUUAUUUCUAAAACAAGUUAAAACGCACUAAAAAUUAGAAAAUAAUUUACAAUUUCUUAAAAUGUAUUAUACAAAUCAUGUCUCGGCAGAAUAUUUUCAAAAAUUAAUAAAAAAUUAAAUAUAUUUAAGUAUUGUCUACAUUCAAUAUGAAUCCUUUGGCUACAUAGAGUGCUCAUCUACACUUCUGAAGUCUUUCUUUUUUAAGAAACUGUAAGUUAUUUUAUCAUUUUUAGUGCAUUUAACUUGUCUUUGAUAGAAAGUCUUUUUUUUAAACAAAAUUAUAUUCUUUUAUUCAUCUAUCAUUGAUCAGCAUUGUGGUAGAUGGUGUAAUGGCAAGGUUUCCUGCCUGUCUCUCAACCAAGAUCUAGCUGCAUGAAAUUUAUCUUGAGUUAUCCUGAAUAAAUAGAGAAUGACAUUGCUAGUCAGUUCAUGCAGCUAUUCUUGGGGUGAAGGUACACAGAACAAAAAAUCUCCACCACCUGAGUUGGAAGACGCCAGCUACUUUUACAUGGGAUUUAGAAUUGGCUGUCCAUGCAAAAAUAACUGUAGUAUAAAAGUUAAUUAACAGCUGUCUGAAAUAAAAAACGUUUUUUUGCUACCAAUAUUUAUUUUUAAAUGAUGUGUAUUGAAUUUCUCUUCAGCCUAGUGUCAAGCUGUGUUUUAUCAACCCUCAACCUUUUAGCAGCCUCUUUGAAUUGAGCUUGGAUAUUUUUGAGGGCGAUACAUCAAGCAAAGUCAUCAGUAGAAUAGCCAAAUCUGAUAGGUCAAAGUUUAAAGGUAAGUUAUUCAUCAGUUAUUAUGAGUCCACAAAAUAAGUAAGUGCUAUUAUAAACAUAUUUUACGACAGUAACUUUUACACUAAUAAACCCCUGUUGUGUAAGAAUCUGAAAAACACAUUCAAAUUGUGUUCCGUUUCAGAUCCAUCUGCACUGAAGCUCUACAGAUAUGAUGAUGGUGAGACUGGAUGGAGAAAAAUUCCAGACAUGAGCCACAUCUUGUAUGGCAAGAGUCAAAUUAAGGAGUCAAGUGUGUUUCAUAUUGAUACAGAGACAAAUAAUGUCACAAUAUCAGAAAAUGGAAGCAAGGUUCCUGUUGGACCAAAGCUGGUUUAUUUAUUGGUCUAGUGUGUGCCUUUAUAGUAUCUGUUAUUUGUUAUGAGCUUCUUUUUUUUAAUGGCUGGGUUGUUUUUUCUGGCAAUUAAUUUGAUGUAAACCCAUAAGCAUUUGUUCCACUAGUUUUGUUUUAUUUUUAUGAACCUAUAAAAUAAGACUCUAAAAUUAUGUAAUCAUGAAUGUAUUUAAGUUAUUGCUGCUAAAAUUAGGGUUAUUAGAUUUUACUCUUAGCAAUAUUGGAAAUUAAGUUAAAGAAAAUUACUUAUACUUGUGAUACUCAUCAUAAUGUUGUCUGUAUUUUCAUUAAAAAUAAAUCUCUAAGCUAAAUAUUUUACACAGAUCCCCAAAGAUAUUAUAUUAAUUUACAGCAUAUGUUUGUAAAUUUGGAUUUGUAGUUACCUUUCAGUUAUCACUAAUGACACUUUUAGAAACAGGGAGAUAAAAACUAUAACAUAUUUUUUAAUUCAACAUUAUCAGAACUAAAUAUGUAUUAUGUUCCAAUAUGAGAAUAAACGACAUUCAUAGCCCCCCC